GGUUCUCACGGUGGUUGAUGGCUGUCUUGAUUGUGUUGCUUGUGUUAUUGCUUAUUGAACCAGGAACUGCGCAGUCAAACGACCUUGAUAACAGAACUAAUAUCCCCAUCCUAUCGUUCUGUGGUAGUAUUGCUCCGAGAAGUCUGUCAAAUUUAAUCAAGAAUCGUGACUCUACCCUUGAUGAUCUCAGAACGCAAUUGAGCAGAAGGGUGCUUUAUGCCAGAGCACAGGCUCUAAGUGCUGGCGACUCUGUCUUUGCAGUAGCCCAGUGCAGGAACUACCUCUCGACAGAUCAGUGCGUGGCUUGUUUUGAUGCUGGCGUUUCUGUACUCGUCAAUUGCACAACGGGCAAUGGUGCUUUUGUUUUUCUGGAUGACUGCUUUAUCAGGUACGAGGACUUUGCAGACUUCUAUAAUAACCCAAAGGUGAGCCAGGAUGGAACUGGUACCCCAUUUUCAUCAUGCGGAAAUCAGCCAGCAUCUCAGCCAACAACAACUUUUAAUCAAACUGUAGAUAAGUUGUUAUCGGAUGUUAGAGACGCUACUCCAAAAACCUCUAAUUUCUAUGUAGCAUCCACAACGCAAAUCACAAGUGAAAAUGCAACAAUGUACGCGUUUGCACAGUGUGUUGAAAAUGCAAACGCCACCAGUUGCCAAACCUGUAUGGACACAGCAUAUAACCGUUUAUAUAACUGCCUUCCAAGUACGGAAGGCAGGUUUUUCGACUUGGGGUGUGUUGCAAGGUAUUCAGAGACUCCAUUUUUCAGUGACAACCAGACAACAAAUGUCAUAAAUGUCUUAAAGGGACAUUCAAGCAUGGUAGCCAUAAUUGCUGGAGCUGUUGGGGGUGUGGUUCUUCUUUUGCUUAUCCUUGGUUUGUGGUUAUUGUAUCGACUACGGAUGAAGUCGAAGAAGACUGAAGAAGAGGAUCUGAAGGGGGGAAUUAGUUACAAUUAUAAAGAUCUGCAGUUGGCAACCAAUGAUUUCAGCGAAGAGAAUAUUCUAGGGAAAGGAGGUUUCGGUGAAGUGUUCAAGGCAAUCCUUGACGAUAAUAGCAUUGUGGCAGUGAAGAAACUUCAAGUACAACAUGCUAGAGCGAAAGAAGAAUUUCAGAAUGAAGUUAUGCUUAUAAGCAACGUUCAUCACAAAAAUCUUCUACGUCUCCUCGGAUGGUCUAGUGAGGGAUCUUAUCUACUUCUAGUGCUGGAAUAUAUGCCGAAUGGAAGCCUUGAUCGAUUCUUAUGGGGUGCAAAAAAGGGGAGUCUGGACUGGAGCCAACGAUUUGAGAUAAUAUUUGGGAUCGCUAGGGGUCUUGCUCAUCUACACAAUGAAUUCCAUGUCAAAAUCAUUCACAGAGAUAUCAAGUCGAGCAACAUUCUCCUUACUGAUGAUUUUAAACCCAAAAUAGCAGAUUUUGGGUUGGCAAGGUUUCAACCAGAGGACCAAACUCAUGUUAGCACCAAGUUUGCAGGGACAUUGGGUUACACAGCACCAGAAUAUGCACUUCGAGGUCUUCUAUCGGAUAAAGUCGACACUUACAGCUACGGAGUCGUGAUUCUUGAAAUCAUCAGCGGCCGAAGGAGUACCGAAGUGAAAUCCGAUAGUCCAUCCGCGUACCUCCUUGAACAUGCAUGGAAGUUGUACGAGGAGGAAACACAUGUGAAGUUCAUCGAUGAGACACUGGAAUUGAACGAAUACCAACGAGAACAUGCGAUGAAGAUCAUCGAGAUUGGUUUGUUGUGCACCCAGUCACCAGCUUCAAAAAGACCAACCAUGUCUGAAGUGGUUGUAAUGCUUCAGGAUGGUCAAUCAUUGGGGAAAAGACAGCUAACCAGACCUACUUUCGUGAACAAUCAUGAUAGGAGGGUUAAUAUAGGCUCUGCAAAUUCUAAUGGUGCUCCUACUGUUUGGAAAAAGCCAAAGGAAUUAGAGGUGAAUGAGCAGAUACACAGUGAAAAAGCAGAUGAUAAAGUGUGAUGGAGAAGGGGAUUAAUGUUACAUAAUUAAAUUUUUUGGGUUGCUGAAAUCACUUGUCGUUGGUCCGAUCAUCGCUCAAAUCACUCUUCGUCGUCUUUUUCUCUGCAUCGAUUGCUCGGACAAGUAAGCAAUUUAAAGUGAUGUUUGAAGAGUAUCGAUUUAUGUUUAGUGGUUCUUCAAAGAAUAUAGGUUUAUGUUAUAGUACGACUUUUGAAAUCCCAUUUGUUCAUAAAAAUUUCAUAAGAUUAAACAAUUUCAUGAAAAAAUUUCAUAAGAU